AUGCGUUUCACUCUGGCCCUCGCUGCCCUGGUGGCAGUCACCUCUGCCCUCCCCUCCGCCCCGCAGCCCGUGAGCAAGCACGCCCUGACGACGCGUCAGGACUUUGCCGAGGACGACUUUGAGAUCGAGGCCGAGCCAGACGAGAAGAAGCGAGCGGUCGGCUGGCCCGAGGAUGACUUCGAGAUCGGCGUCCCGGCCGCGUUGAGGUUCAAGGACAAGAAGGCGCGCGACACGGACGGCUUCCCCGAGGACGACUUUGAUAUCACCCCGGAGGACGAUGAAUAA